AGCCUUCCAUCAGAUUUAUUAAUCAUGUUUUUUAAUUGCAGUACCUUCUUUGUAAAGCAACAUGGUCGUUAUUGAGGAACUUGUUGAAGAGCAAAAAUCUGACAAAGUAUCUGAAGAAGCAACGAAAGAAGUAAAAGAUGCAACACCUCAUGAACAAGAAGAAGACAAAGGUUUUUGCGAUCAAGACGGCGAUGUUUUUUUCGACAGUGCUGAUUACCAUCCAGACGAGUUGGAGAGACUAAAAGCAGAAGCGACAGAAUAUAAAGCCAAAGGAAACACUUUUUUCGGACAAGGAGACUAUACCAAUGCUAUAUCAGAGUAUGAAAAUGCGCUCAUGAUUUGUCCAGAAUCUUUGAAAAAGGAACGGGCUGUUUUCUUUGGAAAUAUAGCAGCAUGUCAUAUGAAGCAGAAUAACUUCAAAGAGGCGAAAGAAAUGUGUACACAAGCACUCACUUUGGACCCUAAAUACAUCAAAGCCCUCCUAAGACGAGCGCAAGCUAAUGAAAAACUAGCAACCUCUACAGCAUUAUCUGAAUCAUUAGAAGAUUACAAAAAGUUGAAGGGUUUGACUAUAGACUCUUAUACUCAAAAGGAAUGCCGACGAGCAGAACGAGAAUUACCUCCAAAGAUCGAGGCUAAACGUGAACAAGAAAAAGAGGAGAUGAUGGGCAAAUUGAAAGACUUGGGCAAUUCUCUCUUGGGGAAAUUCGGCCUCUCCACGGACAAUUUUCAAUUACAAAAGGAUCCUAAUAGUGGAGGUUAUAGUGUUAACUUUGUAAAGAAAUAAAAAAGAACAAUUGUACAUACAACGCAUUUCUGCCCCCAGCAUGAUGAUGAAACUCGCUGAAAUG